AAAAAGUAAAGAAAAAGAACGACAGUGAAAAUUAUCUCUGACGAGACAAAAAUCCAUAUUUUCGCAAUUAGGAAUCAUCUAAUUGCGUUUAAUUUGCGUACCUUCGGUGUCGGGAUCUGCAGUUUACGUGAGUGGUGCAAAAUUUGCGUCGGGCGUAUCAAAUCGGGUGUGUUAUUCGACCAAAUGCAAAAGUAAGAAUUUUUCAUCUUCCAUCGCCGCCCCACCUGUGUUGCCCAUAGGUAACUGCAGCCGAACCGCAGCGCACUCCAGCUAUCGUCCGCGGUUGGCUGCUUGCCAUCCAGAUUGCAGGGUUUUUUUCUUUCUACAUUGUCCUCUUUUAAGGUGACAAUGCACUGCGACUGGUGAUGAAAAAUAAUGUUGAAGCCUAGGUUUUUGAUAGGUAAUAAUGGCUAACAGUGCGUUUGCUUUUGGAAGACGGUACGUGGAUUAAUUCUGAGUGCAGUUGAAAUACAAAUAGUGAAAUUUGAUACCCGCAGCGAAAAGUUGCUUCAUCUGGUCGUUGUGAUUCCGUCACAUCCGGUCGGCGAGACUGAGUGGCUACGGAAAGCUUGGGUAAAAUUAUGCCAACGAUAGCCAACAGCAAUAACAGUAACAGUAGUGGCAGCAGCAUUGGAACGGCUAGUGCCAGCACCAAAACGAAGGAAAUGUUCAUUGUCCGGGCUCUGGAGAAGAUCCUGAGCGACAAGGAUAUCAAACGGUCGCACCAUUCCCAGCUGAAGCGAGCCUGCGAUGCCGCGUUAGAGGACAUCAAGGAAGAGCUCAAGGAAGCCGGCCAAAGUGAGCCGAAUGGAGAGGUUCCGGUUCCGUCAGCGGCUCUGCCGCUGCCCAAGAACGAUUCGGCCAACAUCAUCAAUGCCGAAAAGUACUUCCUACCGUUCGAGUUGGCCUGCCAGAGCAAAACUCCUCGGAUCGUCGUUACGGCCCUGGACUGUCUGCAGAAGCUGAUCGCCUACGGACACCUGACCGGAAACAUUCCGGACUCAUCCAAUCCGGGCAAGUUUCUGAUCGACCGGAUUGUCACGACCAUCUGCAAUUGCUUCAUGGGACCCCAGACGGACGAGGGCGUUCAGCUGCAGAUCAUCAAGGCCCUGCUGACGGUGGUCACUUCGCAGUACGUUGAGGUGCACGAAGGGACGGUUCUGCAGGGAGUGCGCACCUGUUACGACAUCUACCUGUCCAGUAAGAAUCUGAUCAAUCAGACUACGGCGCGAGCUACGCUGACGCAGAUGUUGAAUGUGAUUUUUACUCGAAUGGAAAAUCAGGCUUACGAGAUGGGUUCGAGUGCGGUGGCGGCAGCUGUCGGGUCGCCGAAUGCCGGACACGAGGAAGCUCAGGGGGCGGCAGAGGAGAAACAUCCCGAUUACGACAUGGUACGCGGAAUAGUGGAUGAAAUUGUGGAUAACGUCAUGGCAGCUGCGGCGGCAGCUGUUGAAGAGAACUCGAAGAAUGCCUCCACGGCUUCCGAGGGAGGGGAUGCCGAGACGGGAAGCAUCGGUGGCGUGUCCAACAACGGAACGGAUAACACUUCGAUCGCACGAGUCCCUUCGCAGGAAAGCAUGGAAGUAACCAGCGAGAACGAUAGUAUCGUUACGGCAAAGUUCACUCACAUUCUUCAGAAGGAUGCAUUUUUGGUAUUUAGAGCUUUGUGUAAACUUUCGAUGAAACCGCUUCCGGAGGGACACCCGGAUCCGAAAUCCCACGAACUAAGAUCAAAGAUUCUGUCGCUGCAUCUGCUGCUAUCGAUUCUGCAGAAUGCGGGACCGGUCUUCCGUUCGAACGAGAUGUUCAUCAUGGCCAUCAAGCAGUACUUGUGCGUAGCGCUGUCCAAGAACGGCGGAAGUUCCGUUCCGGAGGUCUUCGAGCUAUCACUGUCGAUCUUUGUUGCUUUACUUUCCAACUUUAAGAUUCACUUGAAGAAACAGAUAGAGGUUUUCUUUAAGGAAAUAUUCCUCAACAUUUUGGAAGCUACCAGCUCCUCGUUCGAGCAUAAAUGGAUGGUAAUACAGGCAUUGACACGGAUCUGUGCCGAUGCUCAAAGCGUCGUGGAUAUCUACGUGAAUUAUGAUUGCGAUUUCUCGGCUGCAAAUCUGUUCGAGCGAUUGGUUAACGAUCUUUCCAAGAUUGCUCAAGGAAGGCAAGCGUUGGAGCUGGGAACUUCGGUGAAUCAGGAGAAAUCAAUGCGCAUUCGAGGGCUGGAGUGUUUGGUGUCAAUUCUGAAGUGUAUGGUCGAGUGGAGUAAGGAUCUGUAUGUGAAUCCCAAUUCGCAAACGACCUUGGGAGAUCCGCCACCGCCAACCGUGGCCAGUGCGAAGAGCCCAGACGAAACUCAAGAACCGAUGAAGUCUCACGGGGGAUCGACUGUGAGCAUCAACUCGGUUGGAAGUACGAAUACGUCCGGUGGUAACCGGGAAGUUCUUGAUCUGCCGUAUGAGCUGGAAGAGCGAAAACAGCGGAAGGAAGUGAUGGAGAUGGGAAUCGAUAUGUUCAAUAGGAAACCGAAAAAGGGUAUCCAGUUUCUGCAGGAGAGAGGGCUGCUCGGGACCAGUAAUGAGGAUGUGGCAAAGUGGUUACACGAAGACGAACGACUGGACAAGACGCAUGUUGGGGACUAUCUGGGUGAGAAUGACGAUCAAAGCAAAGCUGUGAUGUGCGCCUAUAUUGAUGCUAUGAACUUUGCCGAAUUGGACAUAGUGGCCGCUUUGAGGUACUUUUUGGAAGGUUUUCGACUUCCGGGUGAAGCGCAAAAAAUCGAUCGAUUGAUGGAGAAGUUUGCCAGCAGAUAUUGCGAUUGCAACCCGAAUAAUACGCUGUUUGCUUCGGCUGAUACGGUUUACGUGUUGGCGUUCUCGGUCAUCAUGUUGACUACGGAUCUGCAUUCUCCGCAGGUGAAACACAAGAUGACGAAGGAGCAGUACAUCAAGAUGAACCGGGGGAUCAGUGAUAACAAGGACCUACCGGAGGAGUAUCUCUCGCAGAUCUACGACGAAAUAGCUGGUCACGAGAUUAAGAUGAAGAAUACAGUGGCGAGCAAACCGGGCAAGCAGAUCAUUGUGAACGAGAAGAAGCGGAAGCUUUUGUGGAAUGUUGAAAUGGAAGCACUCUCGACGACGGCAAAGAAUCUGAUGGAGUCCGUGUCGCAUGUGAAAGCUUCAUUCACGUCGGCAAAACAUCUGGAACACGUCAGACCAAUGUUCAAAAUGGCCUGGACCUCGUUCCUGGCGGCGUUUUCCGUUGGACUGCAGGAUUGUGAUGAUCCGGAAAUUGCUAGUCUCUGUCUGGAUGGAAUUCGGUGUGCUGUCCGGAUUGCUUGCAUUUUCCAGAUGACGCUCGAAAGAGACGCCUACGUGCAAGCUUUGGCUCGGUUCACUCUAUUGACGGCCAAUUCACCCAUCAAUGAGAUGAAGGCCAAGAAUAUUGAUACGAUUAAGACGCUCAUCAUGGUAGCUCAUACGGAUGGAAACUAUCUCGGAUCUAGCUGGUUAGACAUCGUAAAAUGUAUUUCCCACCUAGAGUUGGCUCAGUUGAUAGGCACGGGUGUUCGACCGGAGUUCCUGUCGGGUCCCGCAUCGCAUCGCGACGCUUUGGAUCCAUCGGCUAAGGAGCACAUUGGUGAAACAAGUUCUCAAAGUAUUGUGGUUGCCGUGGAUCGAAUUUUCACUGGAUCGAUCCGGCUCGAUGGUGAUGCCAUCGUGGACUUUGUCAAAGCACUGUGCCAAGUUUCGUUGGACGAGUUGACUCGGCCACAGCCUCGGAUGUUCUCGCUGCAGAAGAUUGUCGAAAUUUCCUACUACAACAUGGGACGUAUCCGUCUGCAGUGGUCCCGAAUUUGGCAGAUUCUUGGCGAACAUUUCAAUGCCGUCGGGUGCAAUAGCAACGAGGAGAUUGCAUUUUUCGCACUGGAUUCCCUCAGGCAGCUAUCGAUGAAGUUUAUCGAGAAAGGAGAAUUCACCAAUUUCCGCUUCCAGAAGGACUUUUUGCGACCGUUCGAGCAUAUUAUGAAGAAGAACAAUUCACCCGCGAUACGGGACAUGGUCGUACGGUGCGUGGCUCAGAUGGUCAACUCCCAGGCUCAUAAUAUAAAAUCCGGUUGGAAGAAUAUCUUCUCCGUGUUUCAUCUGGCAGCCGGUGAUCAUGACGGCUCGAUCGUGGAGUUGGCGUUCCUGACGACGGGGAAAAUUAUUACAGAUUUGUACCAAUCGCAGUUCUCGAUCAUGAUCGAUUCAUUCCAGGAUGCAGUAAAGUGUUUGUCCGAGUUUGCCUGUAAUGCUAAGUUCCCGGACACCAGCAUGGAAGCAAUAAGACUAGUCCGGACGUGUGCCCUAUGCGUGAAUGAUGCUCCGAAUCUGUUUGCAGAGCAUGCCGGUAUGGAGAAUGACGUGUCCGUUCCCGAGGAAGAUCGAGUUUGGGUCCGUGGAUGGUUCCCGAUGCUGUUCUCGCUGUCCUGCGUGGUGAAUCGAUGCAAACUUGACGUUCGGACCCGCGGUUUGACAGUUCUUUUCGAGAUAGUCAAAACGCACGGUGAUGCCUACAAGCCCAACUGGUGGCGUGAUUUGUUUAACAUUCUAUUCCGGAUUUUCGAUAACAUGAAACUCCCCGAGCACCACUCGGAAAAGGCCGAAUGGAUGACGACGACCUGCAAUCAUGCUCUGUACGCAAUUGUAGACGUGUUUACCCAGUAUUUCGACAUUCUUGGACCGAUGCUGUUGAAGGAUCUGUACUGUCAGCUCCACUGGUGUGUUCAGCAGAACAACGAACAGCUCGCCCGUUCCGGAACCAAUUGCUUAGAGAAUCUUGUCAUAUCGAAUGGCCUCAAGUUCAAUGAGGAUACAUGGGACAAAACUUGCCAAUGCAUGCUGGACAUUUUCAACAGUACCCUACCGAAUGAACUGCUUACUUGGAAACCGGAUCCGCAUCCUCAGCUCAUCAAUCACAUUGCACAUUAUCCGCAAAAUGGCGACCUCCCACGGCACGGCAUUCUCAAGCGAAGUCCUUCACAGCACUCUGUUCAUAAUCCCAUGGAAGACCCGUCCAUGAAAUCAACCGAACUCAACCAUACCGCUACCCUAUUUUCCAACCUCCUGAUCAAGUGUGUCGUCCAGCUGGAACUGAUCCAAACCAUCGAUAACAUCAUCUUCUUCCCGGCGACCUCCCGCAAGGAAGAUGCCGAAACACUUGCCCAAGCGGCCGCCGAACUGUCUCAUUCGACUGGUAGCGGUAGCGUAAGUUUCGCCACCGGAUCCGUCCUAAAUCAUUCGUUUUCGACCGAGGAGUGCCAACGAGAGGAACAGGGCAUGUACAGUUACCUGAACACGCCUCACCUUCUCCAGCUGAUCGAUUGUCUCCUGCAGAGCCAUCGGUUUGCGAAGAAGUUCAACUCGAACCACGAACAGCGCAACGUGCUCUGGAAGGCUGGCUUCAAAGGUUCGUUGAAGCCGAAUUUGCUGAAGCAGGAAACGCAAUCCUUGGCGUGUGUGCUGCGAAUUCUGUUCAAGAUGUACAGUGACGAAAGUCGACGGCGGGAUUGGCAGGACAUCGAACAGAGGUUGAUUGUCGUGUGCACGGAAGCGUUGGACUAUUUCCUAUCGCUACAAAGCGAACCGCAUCGGGACGCGUGGACGUCGCUGUUGCUGCUGGUGAUGACCCGAUUGCUCAAGAUGCCGGACUCGAGGUUCGCAGCGCACAUUUCCAGCUACUACGUCUUGAUGUGCGACCUGAUGUGCUUCGACCUGAAGCCGGAACUGCGCACCGUCCUGCGGCGGGUGUUCCUGCGCAUUAGCCCGGUGUUUGGAAUCUCCACUUCCGCUCACAGCGCCACCUAGUAUCAACGGAAGAGUGGUGCCUCGUUGCCGGGGAUUGUUCCGGCAGCACAUCACCUUCAUCACCACCAACACCAGGGAAAUCGCGAGCAACUGCGCAAAGGUACGGGUGGCCCCGUCGUUCAUCAGCAGCAGCACCAACUUUCGUACGCACGGCGUAGAUCGUUGGCAGGUCAGUUGAUCAACAAUCAUAGCAAUACUGUUAGCACUGAUAGUGGUUGCAGUGACGGAAGUCGACACCUUUGUUCGGGGGUUGUUGUUAAGCAGGCCAGAGGCAGUAAUUGGAACAGAAAACCAAGGUUGUAGUCAUUUUACUGGGAUUUUUAGCUUAUUUCUACCCAUACGUUGUGUAUGUUACUGUAAACGAGAGAUACUUUUUACGGUAUUUUUAUUUUGUACUAAACUAUUAUUCAUAUACCUAUCUAUACAAAA